AUGGCAGUGGUGAAAACCCGAAGACAGGAGCUGAAGAAUGCCGAGGAAUCGCUGACUAAGGUAUCCUCCGUCCUCUUGAGGAGCCUCGUGGAAGAGCCCAGGAAAAAAGCAGAAAUACACAAUCACCUCCUAGAAUCAAAAGUUUAUGCAAAAAUUCUGAAUAAUACGGUCAUACAGGCAAGACCCGGAAUAUUGCAUUUUGGAGGAUAUCAAGUCGAAAAGCAGCAUCGGCAGAUUCUGAAUCUAGUCAAUGUUUCUGGUGAAGACAUAGAUGUUCAUAUUUUACCCCCACAAACCAAAUACUUUCAGAUCAGCUAUGAGAAAAAAGAGCCCCAUCUCGUUCCCGGGUUGUCCCUCACAGUCACCAUUACAUUUUCUCCAGAUGAAUGGCGCUACUAUUAUGAUUGCAUCCGAGUUCACUGCAAGGGGGAUGACACCUUGCUUGUUCCUAUCCAUGCCUACCCUGUCAUGAAUACAGUGGAUUUUCCUUCAUUUAUAAGUCUAUCAAAUGUUCUACUUGGGGAAAGCAAAAUUUAUGUUAUUCCUUUGCAGUGCAGUUGCCCCGUGGAUUUUGAGUUCCACAUAGCCUUGAUUCAGACACAUCAAGCCUUUACUAUUGAGCCAACAUCGGGAAUAAUUCCAGCUAAUGGAAAGGUGAAUGUGACUAUCAAGUUUACACCAUUUCAGUAUGGAACGGCACAGAUUAAGGUUCAGUUAUGGAUUUCACAGUUCAACUCUCAGUCUUACGAAUGUGUUUUCACGGGGACAUGCUAUCCCAACGUGGCAAAGCCAUCAGAAGAAUUUGGAGAGCUGAACACAAUUUCUACGAAAGUAAACAUUCCUUCAGAAAAGGCCAUGGCACAUGUCAAUGUUCACAGACUACCAGCAAAGUUUAAGCCUCCAGAGAUUAAGGAAAUCGAAUACCAGAACUUAAGAUUUCCAGUAGAUUUAUCAAAUCCAUUUGCUGUGGCAACUGUUUUAAACCAAGAACCAGGAAAAUUGAAGAUCAAAAAAUUAAGAGAAGUUUUGGAUCAAGGCAAUGAAAUUUCAAAAACAAAGCAAAUGAAGGAAGCUCUCUUCGAACAGAAGAUCAGACAGGACAUUAAUGAAGAACUUGAAAAUCACCUUAAGUGGCAGGUGCGCCUUGGUAAAGAUCCUGUAUCCAUUACAUUAAAAAGAGAACUUCUUGAAGAACAUCAAAGAGCAAUCAUGAAAUAUAAGCUGGAUUCAGAAACUCCCAUUGUGGAUGAGGAAUUUCACCGACUCCAGACAGAAGUGAGCCACAAACGGAUCAUUCGCAAACUAGAAGAUACAGCCACGGAAUUUCAUCCUAAUUUUGAUCCACUUAUUAACAACACUUGGACCAGCAGGUUCAGGGCACUGAGACGGUUUCAGCAGGCAGCACGCAAGGUCAUGAUUCAACGACGAUUAGUCAAUAUGCUGACUGUUGUCCGUGAAAUUGACAGAGCGGCUAUAAUUGCAAGAUUUCAUCAAGGAAAAAGCACGCUGUUAGAAGAGCAUCCCUCCAAAUACCUCUUUCUGCCUGGGAUCAGUCAAAAUGAUUAUUCUGCCCGUUUCUCUGUGCCGCCCAACAAUGUGCUUCCCUUCACUUUCCCAACCUACAAUCCUCCUCAAGACUCCAGUGAGUUGGCUCCUGACGGCCUUGGACUGGUCCCAAUUAAGCCUUCAGAAGUUCAAAUCAAGCAGUCGUAUCCCUUCCUCAGUUUGCAGGUUCCUCAACUGUACAAAAUCAUGGGGUACCAACCCUUCUCGAUCCAGGAGUCUUCAACAAGUUAUAAACCUGCAAAGCUUGCUCGAACCCUGAAGCAAGGGGCUGAGGAUGAAGUCGCUACCAUCAUCGCCCUUCCAAAACAGGACUCUGCCCAGCAGCUCUCUGGGAAGAUCUCCGUCUUGAACAUGAAACCCCCGGCAGCCUUGGCCAGGUCCCCAGAGUAUGAUCGCCUGUAUGUUUUUAAUCCCAACCCAGGAUUGUUUCCUGUGAUGCACCCUAUGACCUACCCAGAAACAAUAAUAGACUACCAUCUUUGCCCUCAUCCCAAGUACAAGUUCACCAAACAGCUUCCCGAGGGCUGCACCAUUCCUCUCACCCAAAAGCAGUUUCUCCAUCACACGGAUAUUAUUCCUGGCAUAAUGCACUGGAAGAAGUUCCAGUCCCUGGUCCUGUCAUCUCUGCCCGACACUUCGAAGACAGAGGCAACUCGGAGCUGUGAUCCUUUCAACACGGCUAUGCUCCCCAUCGAGGUCCCUGCCAUUGUUCGAGACUUGCCAGAGGAAGACCGACUAGAAAUCGUUGAACGUGAGCUCUGUGAACAGGAUAUAGAAAUCAUGUUGACUCCAGAGAUGAUCCAGGUGGAAUUCCCAAUGUUGGACCACAAAGAUACCAAGAAAGAGAGAGAGCUGAGAGACCCAGCACAGCUCCCGGAGAAGACAGGAGAGAAAGUGCUCGAGGAGAUGAAGAAUCUGCAAGGAAAAGCUCUCAACUCGUACCUGAUUCUCCAGUAA